AUGUCUCAACCCGAUGCGACUUCUGACGUGUAUAAACACGAGAAAGAUCACAAGAACAGCAAUGAUCUCGAGCCGACAGCAACCAGAGAGGAAGCAGCCGUAGGAGAGAUGGAGGAGACCAGAAAUGGCCAAUUUCAUCGCUCCUUUUCGCCUCGUCAGGUUCAUAUCAUUUCCCUAGGAUCCAACAUUGGAAGCGGCGUCUUUAUUGCCACGGGAAAGGCUCUUGCCACCGGGGGACCAGGUAACAUGGUGAUUGCCUACACGAUGGUUUGCACGUGUGUCUGGGCUGUGCUCCAAUCAUUGUCCGAGAUGACUAUUGCUUUCCCCGUAUCUGGAAAUUAUAUCGACUAUGCGGAUUGUUGGGUUGAUCCAGCCCUGGCUUUUGGUGCAGGCCUUGCCGAGUGGCUUGGUAGGUGGUAUCUUUUUUCAAGAGAAAGGUUUGGUGCUUCUUGUGCUUACUGUAAAGCAGGUUGGACGGCAAUUGUCGCCGCUGAAGCUGGUUUUUUCAAUGUGCUCGUUCAGUACUGGGCCGAAGGAUCUAUGCCUUUAGCAGCAACAAUUACCAUCUUCCUCGUCGCUUGCUUGGUUAUAUUUGCCCUCCCAAACAAAGUCUUUGCCUGGUUUGAAUACGUUACGUCCUUGAUCAAAAUUGUGAUUUUCCUCAUCAUCAUAAUCCUCUCGUUGGCACUUGUUCUAGGAGCUGGACCUAAGGGCACUUUCCACCAUGGGGAUACAUGGACAUCUCUUCCACCGUUUCUCAACGGAUUCUCAGGAUUCGCCAACUGUGCCCUUCUUGCUGUGUGGGCUGUUGGUGAUCAGGUAUUCAUUGGAAUCAUGGGCGGAGAAGCCGAGAGCCCUCGGUUCUCGAUGGGUCAUGCUACAAAGCUGGUUCCAUUCCGAGUGAACUUCAUUUACGUGAUCAGCGUCGUCUUUAUCACAAUACUGGUUCCAUCAGAUGAUCAUCGCUUAUUAGGGGGAACCGGAGUCGCCGCAUCCCCUUUCAUCAUAGCAGUUCAAGACUCGGGAAUCCCCGGAAUUCCCUCCCUGUUGAAUGCAGGAAUGAUAUGCGGCGUUCUUGCGAUUGCUGCUGAAGCCGUUUAUCUUUCAUCAAGAGUUUUGCGAACCAUGGCCCACCAGAAACUGAUUUGGGAGGGUCUUGCUAAAGUAGACUCCAGUGGUCGUCCAAGAUGGGCUUUAAUCAUCACCUCACUGGUCGCCGUGGUCCUUUCAUACAUUCAGAUCGCCGCUGGUGGCUUGACGGUUUUGAAUUGGUUGAUCUCAAUCACAAGUGCUUCUUUCUUUACGAAUUGGAUCAUCAUUUCCUUUGUGAACUGGCGGUUCCAUCGCGCAUUGGAAGCGCAGAAUGACCCCCUUUUCACAGAAGUAAAUGCAUGGAAGUCAUCACUGUGGCCACUUGCACCCGCCUGGUUGAUGAUUAACUCCAUAUUCUUGUUGGUUUGCUGUAUCUUUCUUGGAAUCAAGCCCCCUAGCGGGACUGGCUUCACCGCGACCAACUUUUUCCAAUAUAUCCUCGGCAUUCUGAUCAUAUUCAGUUUUACCCUCGCAUACAAACUCAUAUACAGAACUCCUUGGCGUAAUCCCAAAACCGCAGAUUGCACCACUGGUCGACGUCCUCUGUCAGCCGAGGAAAUAGCCAUGUUUGACUCUUACUACCGACAGCCAGCCUGGCGAAGGUUCCUCACCUACGUCCAACUAUGGUAG